GUUAUUUCAUGGUUUGUCUUCACUAAUAUUCUACAAUGUCGAAAAUAGUACAAAUAAAGAGAAAACCCUUGAAUGAGUAUGUGGACAAACUUUUGACGUAUACGCUAUAUAUCCUAAUGCAAACGUAAUUGCUUUAAAAGUAUGAAGUCAUGUAUUUGUGUGUUGUUUUUGAAAAUCUUUCAGCUUUGUUCAGAUCUCAGAAAACUUGGUAUUUGCAAUCUCGAACCCAAACGCGCGUCGCCCUCUGCGUGUGUGGGGUCUGAUAACAUUUUCUCGGUGUUUUAAGCCAACUUUCACGUACGUGUGAUCAAUUCAUGGGCAAGAUGCGUAGGUCCCAGAGCAUCCACACCCACUUAACUACCGAGUCACGACGUUUAUGAAGGGGAGUGGUUGUUGUUUACUGACGUAUAGGGAAACUCUUCAUGAACACAUCUGCAUAUUCUACAACUUUAAAUGCCUCUCCAGUUUGUAGGCUAAUAGUGAGAUGACAGCUAAUGCUGAGGGGGAUAGUGGCAUCUGAUAUGGGUAGCCGCUAGAGAGUCUGAAACUGCGAUGACUAUGGAGGUUCCGACUCGGAUUGUGAGAAAUCAACCUACUUCAGACCCGAGCGUUGCGCUUGAUGUACCCAUGCUGAAGAACAGGGACUAUCAGCAUAAGGUGUUCGUCAAUAGAAGUGUAACAUUGGAGAACAUCAAAUGCUAUGGCUUUGACAUGGACUACACGCUGGCAGCGUAUAAGUCUCCUGACUAUGAGGAUCUAGGCUUUGAGCUGCUCAGAGACAGGCUGGUGUCUAUAGGCUAUCCCCAUGAGCUACUGCGUUACAACUACGACCCCACCUUCCCCACUCGUGGCCUAGUGUUUGACACAAUGUAUGGGAACUUGCUGAAGGUGGACUCGAAUGGAAACAUUCUGCUGUGCAGUCAUGGCUUCACAUUUCUAAAAAGGGACAAGAUCCAUGACUACUACCCCAACAACUUCAUUCAGAGAGGCAACACUGACCGCUUCUAUAUCCUCAACACACUCUUCAACCUUUCAGAGACGUAUCUGUAUGGCUGCCUUGUGGAACUCUUCACCAGAUGUAGCAGAUAUGUAAACUGCCAGAAAGGCUUCAAAUAUGGUGACUUGUUCAUGUCAUUCAGAAGUAUGUUCCAGGAUGUUCGAGAUGCAAUGGACUAUGUUCAUGAUACGGGCAUUCUGAAGGAAAGCACUCUGAAGAAUUUGGAUAAAUAUGUCGUCAGAGAUCCAAACUUGCCUGUUCUCCUGACUCGCAUUAAGGAGGUGGCCAAAGUGUUCCUGGCGACCAACAGUGACUACAACUACACAGAGGCUAUCAUGAAAUACUUGCUCGAAACUCCACCAGGUGCCAAGAACCCAAAGAAACAGUGGCGUGCAUUCUUUGACCUUGUCGUCGUGGAUACCAGGAAGCCACUGUUCUUUGCAGAGGGAACUGUGCUGAGACAGGUGGACACAAACACAGGGAAGCUCCGCAUCGGAACAUACACUGGAGACCUCCAGCAUGGAACAGUCUACUCUGGAGGCUCCUCAGACAUUGUAUGUGACCUGCUGGAUGUGAAGGGGAAGGACAUCCUUUAUGUGGGGGACCACAUCUUUGGGGACAUCCUGAAGUCCAAGAAGAGGCAAGGUUGGAAGACCUUCCUGGUGGUGCCUGAACUGGCCAAGGAGUUGCAGGUGUGGACAGAGAAGAGUCAUCUCUUUGAAGAGCUGAAGCGUCUUGAUGUCUUUUUAGCUGAGUUGUACAAGCACCUGGACAGUAGCUGUCGAGAGUGCCCAGACAUCAGUGCCAUUCAGACCAGGAUCAAGGUGGUGACCUAUAGGAUGGAUCUUUCCUAUGGCCAGAUGGGCAGCCUGCUGCGGAGUGGCUCAAGACAGACUCUGUUUGCCAGCCAGCUCAUGCGUUACGCUGACCUGUACUCUUCCACCUGCAUUAACCUGCUCCACUAUCCCUUCAGUUACCUGUUCAGAGCCCAAUCUGUCCUGAUGCCCCAUGAGUCCUCUGUGGAUCAUCACCCCCUUAACUUCCCCUCACCCGAGUUCUCCGCUCUGGAUCAUGUCCAGAAGAUAUCUGAAGCCAAGAGGGCGAGUGAAGAAGAUAACACAGUGGAACUGAAAGACACAUAAGGAUGUAUUUACCAGAACAAUUAUUCUGUUUUUCCGACUGUUCCUCCAUAUCUCAAAAAAGGUGGCUGUGUGUUUUUUUUUUUUGACUGGCAAUUAAUUCUCUGCUUUUUAAUAGACAACAAUAUAAUCACAAAUGUAUAGCGCCACCUGCUGGAAGACAGUUUCAUAACUCGUUUUUUGACAGUAUGUAAAGGGGGGAACACGUGGAUAUGUCUCUGAUUAUAGGUUACUGUAUAAGUUCAUAUUUGUUAUUAUUAAUCUGUUUUUAUGUGUGCUUGUCUAUUUAACUACAGUACUUUUACACGUCCUAUUUGCAAUACUGAUUUUGUUCCAUGUGCAAAUGUAUAUUAACUUCAAUGAGCAUGGAAACUGAAACAUUUAAAUGGUCACUGAGCAUAUCAAGUGUUUGUGGCGAAUUAUUAUGCAGGUUGGCUUAUGUAGCCUACGUUUAAUAAGUAUGUAACUAGCCCUGGGGUGCGUGACCAUGGAUAGGUUCAUGUUAUCAUUUUCAUAAACCCACCUAUCUGACAAAAAAACUAAAAUAAUUAUGCUCUCUU